CCACCACCACCACCACCACCAACCUGCUCCUCGACCAUCAACUACCAUGGCCAGGUCCAUCUUCCUUUGCAGUCGUCUUUUGCGCUUCUGAUCAGUCUGAUCUUUCGUCGUUCAUUGCAAUAUCAAUUUGACUUAUCGAUCUGUCUGUCACUGCUGGUCAGACGUUUCCUGUCACUCUUUGUGCUACACGCCCUCCAGGAGAGUGCCACGGCAGUUGCUCCCGCUCGAUAACUAGACGUCCUGUGCUCCCCAAACCGAGACUUUCCAGUGCCCAUCCGGCCGCCAUGAGCACGGAUCUAGACCUGUCCUCAUCCAGUCUCCCUUCUCGAUCGCCCUCGCCCUCCCCGAAUCUACUCGCAACGCCGGACUCCUCCACACUCUUGUCCCAUCGAUCCUGCUCCGGCGUCUCCACGAUCUCGAGCCGGUCCUCGUACUCCAAUGACUCAACUACUUCUCGAACCAGCACAUACUCUCGUCGACGUGGCUAUGUCCGUCCUCAAGGAGGGUCCUUUGCCGAGUCGGCCAAGAAUCGUGAGAGUGUCAUGAGCCUCGGUAGCAUCGCCCACCUGCAAUACUAUUUUGCUCGAACGGGACUGUUAGAUGGCAAGGGAGGCCAAAUGGCGAAAAAGAAACAGAAUGGAGAAUACGACAUUCCAAAGCUCUCGUUGACCGCAAAUCAAGAGCUGGUUGAAUCUCCCAUUGAAGAUGAGUCUCAGACCAUUUGGGACACUGUGCCUGAGGAUGGCACGGAUGUGAUGUUACCCCCAACCGUAUCAACGUACAGUCAUCGAUCGACAUAUGUGGCCCCACCUCCAGAUCAGAAAACCAUGAAGAAAGAACUGGUGGAGGCUUUAGAGAACGCACUACAAGCUGUCGAGUCGUGUGAAGGUUCAACAACCGGAAAUUCUGAGGAUCAGACACCAGGAUUCUACGAGAUUCAGGGGCUGCAUGUCCUCGAUACCACCACUCAAGCAAUUCGAGCCGCCAGACUCUAUUAUACGCUGCACCCUAAUCCUCAGAGAUUGAACUCGAUAAGGUCCGACCAGGAAUUGCGGAGGGACCUCUAUUCGGUGCUGGAUGUACUGAAGAAAUGUGCCUCUCGAAACUUCGCAGGCGGUUUUCGUGAGGAUGAAAGACUUGCGGUGUUGGUUUGGGUAAGUGAUGUUGGCAUGAUGAUCGACCAAGAGGCAAAAUUGGAGGAGGCGGACAGGACCGAAAGGAAAGAUUGGCACUGGAUGGACGAUGCCAAGUGGAUUGAUCGAGAGCAAGAAAGAGACGUCAACUUCCUCAACUUCCUGCUUCAUGGGACUGGUCAAUGCCCGUCAGCUGAGAAGAGUGAUGUCAACCCCGAGUUUUUUCGCAAUCUGGCUGAUGGCAGAGAUCUUGUUAAGAUGCAUAAUGCCGCUGUCAAGCGAUCCAAGAGGCAAUUCGACUAUAUCAAGUCCUUCCACGAAGACGUGGCGAAACCGUACAGGCGUGCUGACAACCUUCGGUACUGGCUAAAGGCCGCGGAACUGAGAUGGGAGCUCAAACUCCAGCUCGACGUUAUGGCUGUUGCAAAUCAGGUCGGCGACAGCACCACUUGGUCGUCCUUCGAGGACGUGAUUCGACGGUGGAGCCGAGGAGUCCGAGCUGAACUUGCGAAAGAUUGGAACGGGGAAGAAGAACGCAAACUACAUGCGCGUGCGAGAAGCCUGGCGAUGGCAAGUCCGCUGUCGAGCCCGUCGAGAAAGAACUCCCCAGCUCCACCUCUCCCAAGUCCCUUGAAAACAGCGAUUGUACCGAGUCCUCUCAGGAGCCCAUCGAAGGAUUCUGCAGCGUCCAAUGAUCCAGAUAGCCCGACUCCGAAGCCCACCUCCAUGCCUUGCGGUGAAGAACUCUAAGUUAUUGGAAAAGGUGACGAGGGCACGCCUUCUGUUUUGGACAGACUUUAUUUAAAGCGAUCCGGAUGCAUUACGAUACCCACGCAUUGUAAGGAGCAAGCACUAAUUUCUGGACUGGCGAUUGAGACAGGAGUUGUAUUGGGCAUUGCCUUGCACUUUCGACGAGAUCUGGAGGACUUGCCGACGGAAACUACGUACUUUACAUGAUCGUCCAGUUUAACAUUCGAUGUAGCCAUUUGUCAAUAUCAGUUUCAGCCAAAGCGAGGAGCAUUUUAUAGCGGAAUUGGCAGUUUAACCCAAGUAUCAUUGGCGUUGUGGAGAAGUUCAAUGCGCU